AUGAGUAUAAACGACGAAAAUAUUGCGCGGUGGUUAGAAAUAGAAGUGUCAGAUGAGGAGGAGAUACUGAAUGAAGAUACCAGCGACGUGGAGCUCGAUGUUGCGGAAGAUUAUGUGCUCCAAGAGGACUGUGAAUAUGACUCUGAAGAACAGUUAACACGACCGCACAUGGAGCGACGAAGAACGAAUGAACACAUUCUGCGGGAUAUUAGAGGUUCCAUUGGCCGAAUACUUCAAGUAGAAGAAGAAAUUCCAAGCAGUUCCGGUGCUGACAAGCUGGAAACUCGCAAGACCUGUUCAACCUGCGACCGAACGUAA